AAGGAAUAGUGUUGAUCCUGGCCGACUGCUCGCCAGAAUCCAUCCAACAGUGGACUUCACUGCUUUCACCAAACAGACGCCUGCAAUAUGAAGACAUCGUUGGCAGUCGCUUUGCUCGUGGCUAGCUUCGCAGCCACGUUCGACAGUCACCACACUUCCUGUAGGCCUCCGCACAUAAUUUUCAUCAUCGUCGACGACAUGGGUUGGAACGACGUGAGCUUCCACGGCUCUGACCAGAUACCUACCCCGAACAUCGACGCAUUGGCCUACCAUGGGGUCAUCCUCAACCAGCACUACGUGCAGGCCAUCUGCACGCCUUCCAGGGCAGCACUCAUGACGUCCAGGUACCCAGUCCGCAUAGGUAUGCAGGGUGUGCCAAUAUAUGCAGCCGAACCGCGCGGCCUUCCCGAAGGCAAGAUCCUUCCGCAGUACCUGAAGGAGCUGGGCUACGUCACGAGGGCCGUGGGCAAGUGGCACCUGGGUUACCACAGGGCCGACCUGACGCCCACCUAUCGCGGCUUCGACUCCCACCUGGGCUACUGGAACGGCUUCGUCGGUUACUACGAUUACAUCCUGCAGGCCGGGAACCUCAACGGGUACGACCUACGGCGCAACAUGAGCACCGCGUGGGACCUCUCUGGGCGCUACGCCACCGACGUCUUCACAGAGGAGGCGGAACGGCUGAUCGGGGACCACGACACCAGUAAGCCGCUCUUCCUCUACCUGGCGCACCUCGCAAUGCACGCCGGGAAUCCAGCGAGGCUGCUGGAAGCGCCGCAGGAGUACAUCAGUCGCUUCGGCUACAUCUCAGACCCGAACCGCCGGGUAUAUGCAGGGGCGAUGGCCAAGCUGGACGAGUCCGUGGGGCGAGUGGUGACUGCGCUGGAGCGGCGUGGCAUGCUGGAGAACUCCGUCAUCGUCUUCUCCUCAGACAACGGAGCGCCCACUAUUGGCGAGUACCCCAACUGGGGCUCCAAUUACCCAUUCAGAGGACUCAAGGAGACGCUGUGGGAGGGCGGGGUUCGUGUCGCCUCCCUGGUGUGGAGCCCGCUGCUGCAGAACACACCCAGGGUGUCCCACCAGCUGAUGCACGUCACCGACUGGCUGCCCACGCUCUACUCUGCCGCCUGCGGUGACGCAUCCUCGCUGCCCCGUGACCUCGACGGCGUGGACCAAUGGGAGGCGCUGGUCAGCGGCUCGCUGUCUCGCCGCACGGAGCUGCUGCUCAACGCCGACGAGGCGAGUGAGACGGCCGCCGUCCGAGUCGGGGACUGGAAACUCGUCAUAGGAACGCUGCAGAACGGCUCGCUGGACGGCUUCUUCGGCGCCUCUGGGAGAGAGGACGCAGCCCGCACGCCGCCUUACGACCCCGAGGCCGUAGCGUCGAGCCCCUGCGGGCGCGCAGUGUCGCUAGCCUUGGGCGCCGCGACGCCUGUAGACGCCAUGCUGCGGCUGCGCCGCGACGCCACCGUCAGCUGCGCCUCCAGCUCGUCGACGCCGCGGUGCGUGCCCAGGUCCAGCUACGACGCGUGCCUCUUCAACCUGCGGGAGGACCCCUGCGAGCAGGAGGGCGUGGUGGCCGGCAGCCAGCCGCUGCUGAAAGACUUCCUGCUGGAGCGCCUCGUCGCCCUGCGGACGCCCUGGGUGCGGCAGGCAGACCUGCUGCUGCAGAACUCACUUGCCGAUCCUGCCCACUUCAACAACACCUGGUCGCCCUGGACAGACUGCCUGUGCGACUACACCGAUUCUUUCUGCAACCACGUCUGACCGUCCCCGAUUGCCACAACAAUGCGCCUUCUGCGACACUGCUUAUGUUACUGAACAAGCUCGUUCUGCAACCGUGUCUGAACGUCUUCCAUUUGAUCUGUACCUGGCCCUCUUUGGCGGACUACUUGGGGGGUACCUGGACUACCUGAGCGUCUACGACUUCAACAGUAACUCGCCAACCCUCGGCGGACUUCUUUUGAAGGACUAGCUAGAUUCCUUCUGGAAUCAUAUCUGAGUGAUUCCAGUUUCAGUCACACAUACCUCCAUUGGCGGACUGUUAGAGGGACUACAAGCACUCCUUCUGGAUGCAUUUCUACACCUUCAGCAACUCCUAAUCCACCUUGAGCGAAUGCUUGACAGAUUACCUCUACUCUUUCAAUUACAUCUUAACCCCUUCAGCUUCAACACCAAUUCAUUGGCUGCUUGAGGAAUUACCUGAACACCUUACGCAAUCACAUCUGAGUGUCUUAAGCUUCAAUAAAUGCUGCCCCAUCCAUCGCCUCCUUUUAGUGGACUAUUUGGGGGACUACCUGGAGUUCUUCUGCAACACUAUCUGAACUUAUCGAUUUUCAACGAAACCUACCCAUCACCUCCCAUUGACGAGCUACUUGAAGGAUAACAUGACUCCUUCCACAACCAUGCCUUAGCGCCUCCAGUUUAAUACUAGCACUCUUUGAUGAAAUGAUUGAUGGAGUACUUGAGCUCCUUCUGCAGUCACAUUUGCGUGCCUAUAACAUCACCAUCUCAACUCCUUCUGCAAUCAUGUCUCCAGCAUACAGCGCUCCAGAAUUUUUGGCUAUGCAUACGUGAUACCCAACCAGACAGAGGAUAACCUUAGUCCUUCGUGUUCUCAGUUUAUAAAUAAAUCUCCAUAAUAUCAAUUUCCCUCCAUUUUUCCAUGCAUCAGUAGUUAAUUUUUAGGCCGAUUCUCAUAAAAAAAUCAGGGUACUUUGUACUUAAACUAUUUGAAUAUCAUUUAUUGUGGGACUAAAUCCCCUGUACUCUUCUUCAUUUGAAACUGAUUUUAUGCAAUGAAAUGAAAUAAAUGAAUUGAUCUGGAUGAAAGAAGUGAAGAAACAACGAAGUGAAAUGAUAUCAGUGCAGAUCGUUCACGUAAGUUGAACUUAUGUUUAAUGAGUAUGUAUUUACAAUUAAAAAUUUUUACCACACUGGGAUUCGAAACCUGGUUUGAAAUGUAACGUAGGACCAUGACUCGAAUCAUAUCCUAAUCUUCGUAAGCGUUCAUUUUAAAAAUGAAGCUGCCUGAUCAGGCUUCACGUUCGAGGCCAACUUUCAUUGGCGCUGAUUUUCCCAUCCGCGAUUUUCCAACUCUUAUACGACAGAU